AUGUUGCGCUUGUCAAAAUCAACCCUGAGAUCUGCCUCGACUGGUUUCAAGGCCCCACAAUGCUAUGCCGGGUUCACCAGCUCGAGCAUCCGUCUAUUCUCCAGCUCCAUAGUUAACAUGGACAAGAUCAAGGUCAAGACUCCAGUUGUCGAACUUGACGGUGAUGAAAUGACCCGUAUUAUCUGGAAAAUCAUCAAAGACAAACUGAUCAAUCCUUACCUUGACGUUGAUCUGAAAUACUAUGACUUGAGUGUUCAGGCCAGAGACGAGACCAAUGACCAGAUCACUAUCGAUGCAGCCAAUGCCAUCAAGGAAUACGGAGUGGGUAUCAAGUGUGCCACUAUCACUCCGGAUGAGGCCAGAGUCAAGGAGUUUGGCCUUAAGAAGAUGUGGUUGUCUCCAAACGGUACCAUCAGAAACAUUUUGGGUGGAACUGUGUUCAGGGAACCAAUCGUCAUUGGAUCCAGAGUCCCAAGAAUCGUUCCUGGUUGGGAUAAACCAAUCAUCAUUGGUCGUCAUGCCCACGGUGACCAGUACAAGGCCACCGAUCUGGUGAUCCCUGGUGCUGGUACUCUUGAAUUGAAGUACACCCCAGCUGACGGUGGUGAACCACAGACUUACAAGGUGUUUGACUACAAGGGAUCUGGCGUGGGCUUGGCCAUGUACAACACGGACGAGUCUAUCAGAGGAUUUGCGCAUUCCUCCUUCAACAUGGCACUCACUAAGAAGCUGAACCUGUUUUUGUCUACAAAGAACACAAUCCUGAAGAAAUACGAUGGUAGAUUCAAGGAUAUUUUCCAGGAGAUCUAUGAUGCUGAAUACAAGGCCAAGUUCGAGGCUCAGGGUAUCUGGUACGAGCAUCGUCUAAUUGACGACAUGGUCGCUCAAAUGAUCAAGUCCAAGGGUGGAUUUGUCCUUGCAUUGAAGAACUAUGACGGUGAUGUCCAAUCCGAUAUCGUUGCCCAGGGUUUCGGAUCUCUUGGUCUCAUGACCUCUGUCUUGAUGACCCCAGAUGGAAAGACCUUUGAAAGUGAGGCAGCCCAUGGAACCGUCACCCGUCACUACAGACAACACCAGCAAGGUAAGGAGACUUCGACCAACUCCAUCGCCUCGAUUUUUGCAUGGACCAGAGGUUUGGCCCAAAGAGGUAGACUUGACAACACCCCAGAUGUGGUUGACUUUGCCAACAAGCUUGAGAAGAUUGUCAUUGACACCGUUCAGAUUGAUGGAAUCAUGACCAAGGACCUGGCCCUUGCUGGUGGUCACACCGAAAGAUCAUCUUAUGUCACCACCACCGAAUUCUUGGAUGCUGUGGCUAAGAAGCUUUCUGAGGAGGUGCAGGUUUAG